ACCGUUUCGCAUUUUAGCUAAGCCUAACCCUUUUCCUAACCUUAACCUGCUGCUACGUUAGUUCUCAUAACUUUCCACUUUAAUUCUUCUAACCUGCCACGUUACUUAUUCUGACCUGCCACGUUGCUUUUGAUAAGCCACUUAAGCAAACAUUGACCGUUCGAGGAGUGAUGUUCUUUUCUGCUGCAAUUACCUCCACAAGGUACUAGCUAGCUAGGCCAGUUUGUCUCGCGACCAAGUCAACGGUUGUCACUCGUUAGCAUAGCCACAAAGUCGUACAAAUUAAUGUAAUCUAAAAUCUUAAUCUUAAUUUAAAAUGGGGCAUAAAGUUAGGGUAAAAUCAGAUUUUAGAAGAUAAAUUGUAGAAAUGGGCGGGGUUUAGCCAUAAUUAUUACUUUGUCACUGUGGUAACUAGUGACGACCCAAGUGGUUAACGGUCAGGUUGACCACCAUAACAUCAAGUAUCGAGAGCAGCACUCAGCAGGCCGCAGAAAUGGACAGCACACAGGACGGACUGGAUAUUGUCACCAAACCCAUCAUAAUUCUGGGCACUGUUACCAGAGACAGAAGGUUUCUGCACUGGGUAGGCCAAGUGCUAAAGCUGAAGUGGCUGAAGAACAAGAGCCAAGAAGAGGUCAAAGUGAUGAUCGGGGAGCUGCUGCCCUCCUUUGCCUGUGGAUGUGUGGAGAACAAUGACUUCCUCUCCCUGCAGGAGAUCCUGGAGAGGAUGGAUGUGAACUGUGGGGACUAUGAUGGCACCACCCCCCUCCACAAGGCCUGUGAGAAGGGCAGGCUGGAUAUGGUCAAGUACCUGAUGGGUAAAGGAGCCAGCACCCAGCUCAAAGACCGCUUUGGAUACACACCGCUUCACCUGGCCAUCAAGAACCGGCACUUUGACAUCAUCCGUAUCCUGCGUCUGAUAGGAGCCCCUCUGUCUUUGGAGCUUGUGAGGAUCGGGCUGGAGCUGAUCAAGGUUGUCCAGAACAAGGACUACCAGCUGUUGCAAGCCUGGUACCUGUCUGGAGUGAACCUGGACCAGUGUGACUAUAACGGACGUACAGCGCUGCACAUUGCAGUCAGGCUGAGGGAGAGGACCAUGGUGUCCAGGCUGCUGGAGUACGGAGCCACCCCUCUGGAGAGUGACAUCUGGGGUUGGACUGCAGUGGACGAGGCCCAGAACAACCUGCCCAGCAUCCUGAAGCUGUUCCACCCCUUCACUUAGCAGUUCCCCAAACAGGCCCAGAACAACCUGCUGCACCUGGCCAACAGGAUGAUCUGACCACUUCCAGUGUACACCUCCCCAGGAAAUUCAUCCUUUUUAACCCUAGACAAUAGAGUUCAUUCAUUGUUAUCAUACAAUGCUUUGCCUAUUGAUAAAGGAUUAUACUAACAAUCCUCUUAAGUGUUUGGUACCCAACAGCAUGACACUUUUACAAAGGCUUUGUUUUGCACCGUUUAUUUCAUUUACUCCAGAGAAUAACUUGUACAACUGGAUCUGUCAUUAGGGAAUGUCAACAUGGAAGGAAGGGACCAGUAAAACCAGAUAACCCAGCUCAAUAAUUUCCUGCUUUGUGUGCAGGUGACAAAUUUCUCAAGGUUGUGCUCCUUGCAUCUGCCGUGCUCUCUAGUAGACAUAGUUGGCUGUGUGCAGGGACUGCAUGGAAGCCUGGUCAUCGCUGCUGACCGCUGUGUACUUUCCCUUGGAGGCCAAACCAUUGCUCUGAAAUAAACAUUUGAUUUAGUAAGAGAAAAAAAGGGGGAAAGUAUGCGUUUCCAGAAUGAAGCGGAGAGAAAGGAGACAAUUUGAACCCAAUUAAUUUUAAGUAAAGAGGCCACCACCAUACAAUAGCUUCCCAAUGAUAUACCUGUAGUCAGCACCUGUAAGUAAGUUGCCCACUCUACCCUAGAAUAGCCCCACCAUCUUACCUUGGCUCUGGAGGUGAAAGCGUCCUGUGCUGACUGCUUAUUGGCGGCCUUGCCUUUCCAGGCGGCGAGGGCGGAGGCCUGGAGCGCACGGCCGUAGGAGAAGGAGAGCUUCCAAGGCCGGUGGAGGGACGUCUGGUUCAUGGCGUUGAGGUUUUGGGUGGCCUCUUCUUCACUCUGACCUCCAGACAGGAAGGUGAUGCCUGAGAGAGGGGGGGGUUAAGCAAUUUGGUGGAGAGUUCAUUUUAGCGUCACCUGAUCGUAACUAAAUAUACAUGUUUUACUCCUUCAAGUCCACCUAACCCAGGCUCACCGGGAACGGCGGCAGGAACGGUGCGCCUCAAGGCGGUGACGGUUGCCAUGCCAACCUCCUGGGGGGUGAACUUCUUGGGGCAGGAGUGUCCAGCAGUGACCAUGUUAGGCUUCAACAGGGUACCCUCCAGGUAGACGUGGUGGUCGUUCAGAGCCUUGUACGUGGCUGCCAGGACCUGGUGAGAAGGAUGGUUUAGAGGUGUUCAGUUCAGCCAUGUCAAUUGGAAUUUGACUAAGAGAUUUGGGGUGAUAAGUUUGUAAUUUCGUGCUGUUAAAACAAGUCCAGCACUGGCUUUGUGAAAGAGAGAAAUUGACAACUGAGAAAUGUGAUUCUAACAGUUGGUAUUACCUGAAGGCCAACAGAACUGAGUGUAUAACAAGGUUAAGCUCACCUUUUCAGUGACAUACUGAGUGCGCAGCAGGUCAUGGUCUCCGUCAGGCAAAAUCUCUGGCUCCACGAUGGGCACCAGGCCGUUCUGACAAGAGAAAAAGAAUUAACAUGUGUAAACACUUAUGUAGACAAACCUUACCAUUAAGGAAUUUCUGAUAAUUUGUUAAGUUUUUGUGAAGUCAGGUACAGCAGUAGUACUGUACAUCUGACAGUUUCCCCUGUGGGACAUUAAAGUUGAUCCUAUCCUAGGGUACAGGGCACUAUAGUUUUAGAAGGGAGAAGUUAUCAUGGCAUGCACACACCUGUUGGCAGAUACUGGCGUAUCUGGCGAGGACAUUGGCAUUCUCUGCGAUGGCGAGGGCCGAGGGGCAGGCGUCGGAGAUCUUGAGCACACACCUCCAUUUGGCGAAGUCGCAACCGUCCUUCUUGUACUGAGCACAACGCUCAGAGAGUCCAUCAAGACCUGAUGAGAGAAGGAUGAUAUACUGAACAAAAAAUAUAACACAACAUGCAACAAUUUCCAAGAUUUAGAGUUCGUAAGGAAAUCAGUCAAUUGAAAAAUUCAUUAGGCCCUAGUCUAUGGAUUGCACCUGUUUGGGAAUACAGACAUGCAUCUGUUGAUCAGAUGUCGUAAAAAUGAAUUAGGGCUGGGGCGUGGAUCAGAAAACCAGUCAGUAUCUGGUGACAACGAUUUGCCUCAUGCAGCGUGACACAUCUCCGUCGCAUGGAGUUGAUCAGGCUGUUGAUUUUGGCCUGUGAUAUGUCACGCCUCUUCAAUGGCUGUGCGAAGUUGUUGGGAUAUUAUCAGGAACUGGAAUAUACGUCUACAUGUCGAUCCAGAGCAUCCCAAACAUGCUUAAUGGGUGACAUGUCUGAGUAUGCAGGCUAAAGAACUGGGACAUUUUCAGCUUCCAGAAAUGAUGUACAGUUCCUUGCGACAAUGGUCUGAGCAUUACCAUGCUGAAACAUGAGGUGGUGGCGGAUAAAAUGUCACAACAAUGGGCCUCAGGAUCUCGUCCCGGUAUCGCUGUGCAUUCAUUUAGCAAUCAAUAAAAUUAAACUGUUCGUUGUCCGUAGCUUUUGCCUGCCCAUACCCCCACUAUGGGGUACACUGUUCAUAACGGUGACAUCAGCAAAACCGCUCGCCAACACACACGGGUUGCAGUUUUGAGGCCGGUUGGACUUAAAGCCAAAUUCUCUAAAAUUAUGUUGGCAGUACCUUAAGGUAGAGAAAUUAUCCUUCAAUUUUCUGGCAACAGCUCUGGUGCAAAUUCCCUUAACUUGAGGCAUCUGUGGCAUUGUGUUGUGACAACUGCACAUUUUAGAGUGGCCUUUUAUUUUAACAAGGUGCACAUGUGUAAUGAGCAUGCCUUUUAAUUAGCUUCUUGAUAUGCCACACUUGUCAGGUGGAUGGAUUAUCUUGGCAAAGGCGAAAUGCUCACUAACAGUGAAUUAAACCAAAUUUGAGAAACAAGCUGUGUGUACAGAAUAGUUCUGAAUCUUUCAUUUCAGCUCAUGAAUCAUGGGACCAAAACUUUACAUGGUCCAUUUAUAUUUUUGUUCAUUUACAUUUACA